UAUUCCUAUGUAUAUCUGUUAAACAAAUAUUUUGACAUAUAAGUUUCGACCAGGAAAAGUGGUCAAAUGCCCCAUAGUGCAAUAUAAUGAGCGCCCAACCUUACGCGUCGGCAAGCAAAUUUUUUGAAAUAAGACGAGGCUGCCGCCGACGAGACCUCCUUACAGUUACUUCAUGCUCCACUACCACUUCGAACAAAGAACUAAUACAUCUGUACAUAUACAUAAACUCUUCGACUACCAGGUAUAAUAAGUACAAUACUGACACAACUUCACUUAGGUUGAAAGGCACAGAGUCAGUAAAUCUUACAUUGUGACUUACUGUAAGCUCGUUACUAAAAGACCAAGGGGAUUUACUCUAAGUAUUAUCUGCUCAUCCAUAUUAGUAAAUUCACGUGGUGACAUAAUUUUAGCAAAGAAAUUCCCUAAUUCUAAGCAUGGUACCCCACAAGAAGCGUAUCAUCUCGGCAAUAAAACUACGAGGCUACAUCGAUGCGGUGGUGGAGCAGCAGAUGAACAAGCAUUGGCCCCCAGUGCGGCAUUCCUCUAUAGCGCUGAGAUCUGCGUAUAUGCAAUCGACUCGACUGAAAUUCCGAUCGAACAGCAGCAGCAGCAAGAACCGCAGGAGUAGCAAUUGGACAUGUGUGGCUUUUUAUCACAGGUUUUACAAUGAGAAAAUUGAGGAGGAAACAACUGGGAUUGAUUUCAACUAUUACAAUGCAUGCAUGCUCUCAAGUACCAUCAAAAUACACAUAAGCCAGGAGCUUUCGCUCAAGUUCAGAAGCUGUGAAAGAGAAUGAAUUUCACAGCGCGCAAAAUCACAGUGUCACAACGGUCUCUUAAGGUACUGUUAUUUUCAACAUCAGAAAGAGAAGGCUGUUUUCUCUUCAUGAUGCUACUGACGGUGCUUUUGCUCCUGAAAAAUGCUUGGAGAGUUGGGCUACUAGAAGGAAAAGAGGCCAUGAUGAUGGUGUAGAUGUCUGCUGCUUCUACUGUUGUUCUUUUCCUUGGAACCAACGCUGCGGAUGCUGCUUUGUUGGUUUUGUGCUGGUGCUGCUGGUCAUACAAGAACUGAUUUUGUUUUGGCUUAUCAUGUGUAAAUCAGUUUAACUACUGGUAAUGAAAAGAAUAGAGCUACGCCUGGUUCGCUCUUAACGUCUGUUACAACUUAAGAAAAGUGAA